CCUGGCUCCAGGCCUGGCCGCGGCCGCUCCCGCCUGGAGCCGCCGCGCGCCCCCAGUCCCCCUGCGUUCCCUCAGCCCCUCGCUUUCCUCUUCCCGGCGCGACCACCCGGCUUCCGCGUCCGGCCCGCCACCAACCCGCUCGCCACUAUGUCUGUGGAGCUUGAGGAGGCCCUGCCGCUGACAACCGCCGACGGGGCGGCCAAGAAGGCGGCCAAGGCUAGCGGCUCGGCGGUGCUGUCCCCACCCAAGAGGAAGAACAAGAAGAAAAACCAGCCGGGCAAGUACAGCCAGUUGGUGGUGGAGACCAUUCGCAGGCUGGGUGAGCGCAAUGGCUCGUCGCUGGCUAAGAUCUACACGGAGGCUAAGAAGGUGGCGUGGUUCGACCAACAGAAUGGGCGCACCUACCUGAAGUAUUCCAUCAAGGCCCUGGUGCAGAACGACACACUCCUGCAAGUGAAGGGCACCGGCGCCAACGGCUCCUUCAAGCUUAAUCGCAAGAAGGUGGAAGGCGGCGGCGAACGGCGCGGAGCGUCAGCGACCGCCACCGUGCCGGCUGCCCCCAUGCACAAGGCCAAGAAGGCGGCCCCGAGCGCUGCGAGACACCGGCGCUCGGACCAGAAGCCUGAGAAGUGCUCGCACAAGAAGGGUGCUGCCUCUAAGAAGCACAAAGGCAGCAAGGCUAAGAAGGCGGCGGCGGCUGCGGGCAAGGUGAAGAAGGCCGCCAAGCCCAGCGUUCCCAAAGUGCCAAAGGGCCGCAAGUGA